UAUCUUCAAAAGCCCUAGCGCACAUCUUGCAUUCGCCCUCCUUACCUCUAUUCGAUCGGCGCCCUCGUCCCAUCUCAUCUCCUCCUUCCGCACUCAAUCUCUCUCUCUCUCUGAAACCAUGAGGCGCUUCGUGAUCAGAUCCCUCGAGUCGGCCAUCCGUCGGGGCGGCGCCUCCGCCUCUUCCUCCCGCCGCUUCUCCUCCGACUCUGCCCCCGAGCGUAAGGUCGCGAUCCUCGGCGCCGCUGGCGGGAUCGGCCAGCCCCUCUCCCUCCUCAUGAAGCUCAACCCCCUCGUCUCCAGCCUCGCCCUCUACGAUAUCGCUGGCACGCCUGGCGUCGCCGCCGACGUCAGCCACAUCAACACCCGCGCUGAGGUCGUCGGUUAUGCUGGCGACGAGCAGCUCGGCAAGGCCCUCGACGACUCCGAUGUCGUGAUCAUCCCGGCCGGCGUGCCGCGGAAACCCGGUAUGACUCGUGAUGAUCUCUUCAACAUCAACGCCGGCAUCGUGAAGUCGCUAUGCACCGCCAUCUCCAAGUACUGCCCUAAUGCUGUUGUUACUAUGAUAAGCAAUCCAGUGAAUUCGACUGUGCCAAUUGCAUCUGAGGUGUUCAAGAAGGCGGGGACAUAUGAUGAGAGGAAGCUUUUCGGUGUCACUACACUCGACGUUGUCAGGGCUAAAACUUUUUAUGCUGGGAAAGCAAAGGUUCCGGUAGCUGGUGUUAAUGUUCCUGUUGUUGGUGGCCAUGCUGGCAUAACCAUCCUGCCACUGUUUUCUCAGGCAACUCCUGCUAGUAAUGAUUUGUCUGAUGAUGAUAUCGAGGCUCUUACAAAGAGGACACAGGAUGGUGGGACGGAGGUUGUGGAGGCAAAAGCUGGGAAAGGCUCAGCAACUUUGUCUAUGGCAUAUGCAGGGGCCAUCUUUGCAGAUGCAUGCUUGAAAGGUCUUAAUGGAGUCCCUGACAUUGUGGAGUGUUCAUUUGUCCAAUCAAGCAUCACAGAGCUGCCUUUCUUUGCUUCAAAGGUAAGGCUCGGAAAGAAUGGACUGGAGGAAGUACUCGGACUUGGUCCCCUGUCUGAUUACGAGAAAGAGGGCUUGGAAAAGCUCAAGCCUGAGCUGAAGGCCUCCAUCGAGAAGGGCAUUAAGUUUGCACAGGAGAAUUAACGAGCCCCAACCUGUGGGGUUCCCAGAACCAUCAAAUUUUUGAUUUUGCAUCUGCGGUUGAGGUGUCCUUAUCUCAAUGCCUUUCUUUUCUAUUUUUUGGUCAACUUCGUGAGGCUUCCAAACCUGUAAUAAUAAAUCAUGCCAACUAUGAUUAAUCUGACAGGCCGAUCCGCAUGACUUGUUUAUUUUGAUUAUUUACACACACUUCGGAUGGUUUAAUUAAACUGGUAGGUUCACUGGCACAAUUUCUUU